UACUGGCAUCCAAAGAUCCAGUCCAAACGCAGACGUUGAAAAGGUCGAAAAGAGUAUAUAUAAAAAGUCACUGUAGAAAGCAAUAUUGUUGGGAGGAACACGUGUGAAAUAAUUGAUUCCCCAGAAUCCUACUAUCCAAUUGUCUAGAAGAGGAAAGAAUCAUCUCCUUACAGAUUCCCCAGUGUGCACUAUAUCCAACCAUUGUCAGGGAAAGGGAAGCAUCAUCUCCUUACAGCCAGAAGACAGAACAGAAACAGAUGAAUGAAGGCUAUACAGUUUUUUCCAGAUACAAGAAAUCAGCGUGAUCAGACUUAUGGUGAACAGUUGGACCCUUCUAGAGAGAUCCUGAUUAAAAAAAGUACUCAGUGUAAAGAGAGAUCUCCCUGACUGAGGAAAUCCACACGGGAUUCUGUUAUAAAACAUCAGGAUAAAGAAAUAGAUGUCUGCUGUCAAUAAUGUAUAGAGGAGUGUUACAGAAAUCUCUCACCGUGUCUGGUGUUAGUGGGUGUAGUCACAUUUCACGUGUUACAUCAGACCGGGUCUGGAUCAGUGAUUAUAAAGGCAAUCUUAUACUGACAAACUCAAAAGGAGAAGAACUAAAUCGUGUGACAGAUAUAGGUAGUGAUUAUGGAGGACACACUGUGGAUUCUAACGGUGAUCUAUUUUAUAUAGACAGUAGUGAUAACAUCAUUAAACUGUCUACAGAGAACAAAGAAAAGACUACGAUAAUAAAGUACAACACAUCACCAUGGGAACCACAGUGUGUCUACAGCUCCCCCUCCACUGGAGACCUGCUGGUCGGGAUGUUUAGACGUGAUACAGGGAGACAAGGCAAGGUAGUGCGGUAUAACUCCACAGGAGAAAACAUCCAGACCAUACAGCACAACAACAUCACAGGUCAGGGACUGUAUAUAUAUCCUGUCUACAUCACAGAGAACCGCAAUGGAGAUGUUAUUGUGUCUGACUCGUGGCGUGCUGUAGUGGUGACAGAUCGUGACGGUAAUUACCGAUUCUCCUACACAGGUCCUCCAUCAGGAUCAGAACUAUAUCCAUAUGGAAUCUGUACUGACGCGCUGUCACACAUCCUGGUGUGUGAUUAUUGGACCGACUCAGUACAGAUGUUAGAUAGUGAGGGUCACUAUCUGACAGAGAUACUGACACCACAACACGGGAUAGACACACCAUACGGCCUGAGUUAUGAUGAUGACACACACCUACUGUGGGUAGGGUCAUACACCAACAACACAGUCAACCUAUACAGAGUGGUAGAUACAGACUCUCUGACUGGUCUCCCUGUGGAGGAUUUCAAAUGCAGGAAACAUCCAAGCCGUCCAUUAUCCCAGUUCUGUAUCCCGUGUGACGUCACCUUGUGUCAGGAGUGCAUCAAAACCUCCAGUGAUCAUAAAAAACAUGAUGUUAGAGAUGUUGAGAAAUUAUUCAGAGAAAUUCACAAGAGAAAAGAUGGAGACGCAGUUUUGAUGUGCCUUUUGCUUUGCCCUUCAUACAAAUUAAAUCUGGAAGAACAACUCUGGAUAGAGAAGUAUAAUGAUGUUGCUGAAGUUUUCAAAUUCAAGAAGAUUAAGAAGCCGUCCAAUCUUAGCAACUUAAAGAAGUACAAACCAAUACUCAGACAGGAUAGUGUGAAUGUUGAGUUUUCUUGUGAUUUCUUUAAACACACCAGUUUUUUUAGAUUCGCUAAAAAUCCAGAUUUUGUGGAUAUUUUUCUGACUUCGGCAGAAAAAGACAACAUCGCUGAGUACUGCAGGUCAUGGGCCUAUCCAAAGAAAGAGGGGGAAGUCUUUUGCUGGUUAUCACCACAACAAACAGAACAAUUGAUAGAAAGACUUGGAGAGGAUAUUUUCAUCCAUCCAACAUGGCAGGAUACAACAAUACAUGAGGAUGUAUUUAAAAAUUUUGGUGUGCCAAUGCAGAUUUUGAUGAGAGGAGAAGAGUCAGUGAAGAAUUUCAUUGAAAAUCUGAAGAAGGGGGAGACAACCAUGUACCACGCCUCUGGGAUGAUCAUUGGGUGUGCAGGUAGUGGGAAGUCAACUCUACUAGAAAGACUGAAGGGCACCGACCUGAAAGAAAUUCUGGAAAGUUCAAAGUCAACCAGAGGAAUUGAUGUCCAGGCUGACAUAUUUGAUGUAACUGGAAAAACAAUCAAGGUAAAUUCAUCAAGCCAAAAGCAACGCUUUAAAGUUAAACUUGAUGAAUCAAGGCAACAAAAGAGUAUUCAGGACAAACCUGCAGAAUUAUCUGGUGACAUGAAAAAAUUGGACAUUGAAGAGAAAGGAUAUCAGAAGGACACAGACAGUAGAACAAGCGAUGAAGAAUUGUCAAGUGAUGAUGAAAUUACACAUGAGAGCUUGAAUACAGAAUCUGAAUCACGUAAAGGGAAUGAAGCUGCUGCCUUUCUGGAAAAAGAGGAAAUGAUUGAAGACAAACAAAAUAUUCCUAAAGAAUCAGAAAUAUCGGGAAUUUUACGAGUUUCCAAAGAUGCAUCGGAUGAUCCAGAGAAAAAAAUUACUAUGGUAGACUUUGCAGGACAGUGUUCAUAUUAUGCCUCACACCAGAUUUUUCUGAGUCCAAGGGCAUUCUUCAUCCUAGUGCUUAAUAUGGAAAAGAAAUUACUUGAAAAGGUUGGAAAAGAAGUCUGUAGCCAAGAAGGUUCAAUUUACGAAGGGUGGACACACAAAGACUAUCUAACAUUCUGGACCAAGUCCAUUCAUCAAUACAGCAGUGAAAAGGCUCCCGUGUUACUGGUGGGCACUCAUGCUGAACAAAAGACAAAGGAGGAAAAAGAAAAGUUUUUUCGUGAUAUAUGGACGAUCUUGGAAACAAAGGAUGCGUCUCUGCAAAGGCAUAUUGACAGGAAAAGGAUGUUUGCUAUUGGAUUCCAUGAAAAUGAAUGCAUUGAAAAAAUCAAGCUGUCAGUUGUUGAUGUUGUCCGAAAUCUUGAUCACUGGGGUGAAAAACUUCCGCACUCCUGGGCAUUGUUUGAAAAAUUCUUCCAGGAAAAGAAAAACCCUAAAAUCAUCAGCAAAGAGACACUUUUGGCUUUCAAUGAAGCAUUGCCACAAGAAUUGAAGUUGGGAACACAAGAAGAUAUUAACACCAUGCUGCAGUUUUUCCAUGACAUCAGAGAAAUUUUACACUUUGACCAAGAAUCUCUGAGAGGAAUAAUAAUUCUUGAUGUUCAAUGGUUUGCAGAUGCAUUCAAAAAUGUCAUUACCGAUAAAAACCAUGCAGCAGAGGAUCUAUUUAAGCUUGCCUCACAAUGGGACAAAUUUAAUGAAACAGGAGAACUCAGUGACACACUGCUGUCUGCGAUAUGGGAAAUGAACAACAAUGGGUACCUUGAACACAAAGAUGAUAUCAUGCGCUACAUGGAGAAGCUUGGUCUCCUGGCUAAAAUGGAAGAUAACAAUUGGUAUGUUCCCUGUAUGAACAAAAGAACGUUUCCUGUACGCAGUUUUUCAUCCUACCCUGCCUCAUCCAUCCUCUGCUACAUGUUUGAUGUUCUUCCUGCUGGAAUUUUUCAGCGUCUUGUUGCAAGUUGCGUGCAAUUUCGAUGGAAAAUUGUCAAAGUAAAUAAAGCAGGAAAAGAACAACCAUGCAUUUACCAGACAGCGGCUGUGUUUCUGUUCGAGAAACACUGUGUUCUGCUUGGAAUGACCCAAUCAGAAAUUCAGUUGCAGGUGUACGUAAUUGAGGGAGAAGUUGAUAUACCCACAUGUAUCAAGAUAAGAGAGAAAAUUGAAGAUGAAUUGCACACUCUGUCCUCUACAUUUCAAAGAAACUUGAAAUUCCAAAUUGGCUUUAAAUGCAAACCCAUCGGCUUUUGUGACAGUAAAAAAAGUCACGUGAUCAAGGAAUCUGAGUUAACAGAGCCGACUCUUCUGUGCCCUUCCUGUCCUGUGGAGAAAAAGCACAAUAUUGACACUACAGAAAUCCUCAAAUACUGGAAACAGAUGAAGACAAGCGCUUCCACAACUCCAAUCGCCUCAGGACAAGACCUGGGGGACCAAUCUAGAUUUGCAAAACUCGGAAUGGCAACAAACGAUGUGUUAAAUCAGGCAUACAGAGAUAUACUGGAGAUGGAGGUGCCACCUUCCGACAUUGAGAACAAAGUCAAAGCAUCAUCUGUUUAUAAAAGAUUGCGCCCAGAACAAGAGCAUACCUUGCAGGAUGCUAAACAUUCGGGAUAUAAGAAUUUUGAUAUCUCGUUAACAUACACAUUGAUCAGAAACAUUUGUAAAAAGGUUCCUAAACCAACAAAAGGAAAAUGGGGAGACGAGCCUGCAGCAGGAGAAGUGACCGUGGGUGAUGAUGUCGAGAGAAUUAGGUCAAUCCGGAACGGUUUGACUGCACAUGUUAGCUCAGCCUCCACAUCAAAGUCAGAAUUCCAGAAAACCUGGUCCAUUAUCUCAGAUAUCUGCCAAAGAUUGGAAACUUAUACGGGAAAGAAGUAUUUGGAUGACCUCAAUAAAAUCCAAAAAAUGACCUUGAGAAUGGAAGAUGAAAAUGCCAUUAUAGAAAAGAUCAAAAUGGAAAGUCUGCAUAAAAUGGUGAAAAAAUUGUGUUUAGAAAUAGAAGAUAUGAAAGCAGCAGUAGAAAAGCCUUGAAAUAAAGCAUGAGUCGAAUUAAGAGUGUAAAUCUGAACUUUUUCUUUGAAACAAGAAAAGUAAAAUGUGUAUUGUUUUAUAUUAACUAAGUAGUGAUAUUCUAGUUCAAAAUUAUUGGUUUUUUUCUAAUAAUAGAUCUGAUUUUUGAUAGACUUGAUUGGUUUCAAAUUUAAAAAAACCCACUGAUUAUGAAUUUGUAAAUGUUUUUUCUGUGACUUUAGAAAGAGAACUUAAUAUGUUACACUGAGUGAUUAUAUUACAUGUAUGACAAAGAAAAUAUUUGGAACGUCAAUUGUUUAAAGACACACUCAGUGAAUAUAUUGAAACUUUAUUAUAUGUAUGAAUCAAAAUUUAUCUGUGUAUCAGAUUAAGUUAUAGUGGAUGUUAUGAAUCUGCUACUGUCUCAUACAUGUACUUCAGAAUAACCUUUUAGGUCACCUAGACUCAGGUGACCUAUUGCUGUCUGUUUUCGUCCGUUGUGUGUUAACAUUUGAACAUUUUCAGCUUCUUCUCUGCAACAGCACAACCAAUUUAAACCAAAUUUGUCACAACACAUCUAUGGGUACAGGGGAAAUAAUAAAUGUGAAUUUUAUUGUCCCUGUCCCCCUGGGGCCUUAGGGGAGGUGCCAAAACCACAAAAAUUAAUGUAAUCCUUAAAAAUCUUCUUCUUUAGUCCUAAACAUGAAGCAGUAAAACUGUUGGCAUGAUUGUAAUCAGCAUGGAAUCCUCUACCAAAAUUGUGGAAUUCAUGGCCUCAUGAUCAGGGGUCCUAGUACUUGGACGAGGCUAAAUAGAUUAUAUAGUGAAAAUGCAUAAUUUUAAUUAUGACAUUUCAUAGUUAUAUUUAGCAAAAAUGCCUCAUCCAAAAUUAUGAAUUUUAUGGCCCCAGGGUCAGGGAGUUUGGUGUUAGGGCGGGCGCUAUUGAUUAUGUAGUGAAAUUGCAUAAAUUCUUUGAAAAUCUUCUUUUCUAGACCUGGGUAUUAAAUGAACUAAACAUGUACUUUUAGUAUUUGUUAUGAUCAGCAAGCAAGAAUGUCUCUUUUACAAUCUUAAUUUUCAUGGCCCCAGGGUCAGGAUUUCUGAUUUUAAUGUGGAGCUGUAUUGGUUCUAUAGUGAAAAUACAUUAAUCCUUUAAAACUCUUUUCCUUUGUUCCGGGGCAUUAAAUUAAUGAACUACAUAACUUUGACGAGGAAGGGUGGUUCUUCCCAAUUUAUGAAUUACAGUGCCACUGGGUCAGGGGUUCUGAUGUUAAGUUGGGGAUCUUAUGACUAUAUAAUUAAGAUACAUAAAGUACCGGGGUAUUUGAAAAUAUUUUUCUUAGCUCCUGGUAAAUAUGACAAUGAUCCAAUUACUUAUUUAUGAUGACAAAAGUUCCCUCUUUCAAAACGGUUAAAUUUAGGUCCCCUGACAGGGGUAGAGGGGGUUAGGAUCAUUUGUCUGAUAAUGAAUUAAUGCCUGGAGAUCUGCUCUUUGGUAUGAUGAAAUAAAAUUUGUAAAAUUUUGAAAUAUGUUGGCCCCAUUGUCGGUGGUUAGUAUGGGGUGGGUUUGAGUGCACAACUGGUGGUUAUAAUGUGGAAAUAUAUAUUUUCUCUUUGUUAUUCUGAUCUAUCUCUGAGCAUUAAGUAACUAAAGUAAGCAUGCUAAGUGUAUAAUUAUGAGAAUUAUACCUCUUUCAAAUUUAUGAAUUUCAUUGCUUUUGGUUUAAAGUGCGAACCAAAUUCAAUUGCUGGAAAGUUGUUACAUGAUUCUCUGGUGACCUAUAAAGCCAAUCGGACUCUUGUUUAAUUAACAUGAAAAAAAUAACUGUGUAUCAGAAUUUUUUUAAAUUUAAUUCUUUCUUUAUUUUACAUAGUCUGUUUCAUUGUUCAUCAUACAAAAUAUAAUAUUUUUAGGAUUUUUUACAGAUUGCUUUUUAUAGGGAGAGAGUGUGAGAGAGCGCGUAAGAGAGAAGGUGAGAGAGUCAGAGAUCUAGAGUUGGCAUGUUAAAUCCUUUGAAUAAUAAAUAAGACUGUUUCAUUUUAUAACAUUUUAUAUAUAAAAACAAUUUAUUCCACUGAUUCCAGAUUGUGUAAAAAAAACUCUCUGUCAAAAUUUCUAUUAUGCUAAGUAUCUUUGUGUUUCAUGAAGAAGUAAUAUGUGAAAUUCAAAGUCUGACAUCUAUUUUUCUUUUCUUAACAUCUCAUUGUAUAUAUAUAAUUUUUUUUAUCCAUAAGGCCAGUAAGUUAUGAACUUCUUUGUUUUUUUUUACUAGAAAUCUCAAAAGAAACUUUCAGUUUUGUAGAUAAAUGUUGAAUCCCUAUACUUUGCUCACAAUAUAUUUCAAAACUGUUGAGUAGGGUCUGUACAUUGUCACUGCUAUAAAACAUGUGUUAUUGUUUCUUCUUCCAUAAUGCAGAAAGAUAACUAUCAUCUCUUUUCCUAAUUCUAUAUAGACUAAGAUAUGAGUUUGUACCUAAUAUUUUUUUAAGAUUCUGUAUAGAAAACCAUUAAGGUUUACUAUUUUUUGUAAUUUUAAUGGGAGUUUGAAUUUCAUCUUCCAUUCAAAAUUCCCCUAAAUUAAAAAUAUCAUUCCAUCUUGUUAGGUCACCUGACUAUUGCUAUCCGUUUUCGUCCGUCGUCACGCGUCGUGUGUUAAUAUUUGAACAUUUUCACUUCUUCUCUGAAACCACUGAUUCAAUUUCAACCAGUUUUGGAAUAUAUUAUCUAAG